UUCCAUCGAAAGGCACACACAUCCAGGGGUGACGGCACAACUGAAGGGUGCGCGGAUUCUCUUGCCUGCCUGCCUGCCUGCCUUCAGAUUCGCGUGAAGUAACAUACAUACACAACUGCCUGCCAGAGAUCCUGUGCCUAGCGAAGGCGAUACCCUGGGUGUGUACGGAACAGAGGAAGAUGUUCGGUGGGCCGCCACCGGGUGGGAAUUGUUGAUUUUUUCGCGACUCUUUUUCACCAAAUGUAAUGGUUUUCAGUUCUAGUUGUGUGGAGUUUGUGAUUACUGGUCCUACCGACUGACUGGAAAAAACUAAAACGCUGUUCGAUAUUGAACCAGUGCCGUGUUACAGUCUGUGGAAAACAGUGCGGAAUGAUAAACAUAUAAUAUAUGUUAGCUAAAAAAUGGAAAAAAGAGGCGUACAAGAGCGCCAGACAGCGUGAAAUUUUCGUUAUCACUUUAAUGGUCCAAUUUGUUUUCUAGCGGCAUGACACGUUGAGUUUGGGGUUUCAAAAAUUUUUCAUGGGCUCACUUUGAUGGAAAUCACUCGGAGGAAUGUGGAAGGGCUGUUUUCACAUCCACAGAAUGGCCAUGUUGAUUCUAACGUGACCUACUGCGAUUAGUCAUAUUCAGAUCGCACCUAGUAGAGCUUGCUACUCGAUUUAUGGUUAUUUCUCUGAUAUCGAUAAUCGUGCAUGAAAACUGAGCAAAGCAGGCGUGCUGUGUAAAAAGUUUUAAAGUUUGCAAUUUUGUAGAAAAAAAAUACUAGUGACUGAACGAGUACCAGUGUUGUGAUGACUAUUAUCGGGUGUACAUUCAAGGACUCUGCCGUGAACAGUGACAGAAAAAGUUGGCAAACAUGUUGUGAAUUCUGAUGAUAUCCUUUCAACCAGGACUAUUGCAAACAAAUAGUUACAUAAGAUCCUACUUGCUAAUGUGUUUGCACUACUAAAACGCAAACGACAAUUGCACCCAACAUCCGCCCACUUUUGUCCCUGAUUGCAACAUCGUAACCAUCACGCUUGCCGUCUAUCUCGAAUACCUACAUUAGAAAACGGAAGAAAUAGACAGAUUACACGCACUCAGAAAUCUUUUACGACAAAAUCAAAUUCUAAAAGUAGUAUAAAAUCCUAACAAACUGUACGGGAGACCAGGCAAGACAUAAGAGAGUGCACCACACCGCCUCCAUAUAAAUAAUUGAAAUGCAUCGAUCAUGAGAUUCCCCAAGGUAUCGCCGAAAAAGUGUUUCUUUCUUAUUUUAUGUUUCGCCGUUCUGGUGCUGCUGGUGUUUAACCUUAGGGAGUUGGGCAGCAAAUCUUCACAUGUCGCUUACAUUAGCAGCAGUAGCAGCAUCAGCAGCAGCAGUAGCGGUAGCAACAACCGAAAUAACUACAUCAACAAUAACCGAGAUGAGUAUCAGCUGUCCGAGUAUCACAAUCCGGGCCACGGCGGCAAAGAUGAGAUCUCCCUAGCAACUGAAAGUCAAGGCUACCUUAAUAUAAUUCGCUCCCUCGGUAGCAUCUCCCCUUUUGGAGUCAACGGCAGUCCUUGA